AUGGAGGAGGAGAUCCCCGACUACCGGCAGCGGCUAGCGUACGGCACGGACCAGGGCCGCUGGCUCAUGCAGCAGCAGGCGGCAAAGGCAGCGCGCUCGGAUGCGGCGGUGCCGGAGCAGUCGGCAGCGCGGAGGAGAGCGCCUGCCGCACGUGCAUACCAUUCGAUCGAGAGCGACGAUGGCGGCCGCUCGACGCCGUCGCGGCCGGCCACGCCCGACCAGCACUCGUCGACGGCUCCGCCGACGGCUCUGGUCAUUGCGCUCGGCGUCGGCUCCUUUUUUGUGCUGGGCGUUCUGGUGCUGCUCUUGCGUAGCAGCGCAAGUGGGCCGGAUUCAGAGCCGUGGAUGCAUGUCGAUGCCGUUGCGUGA